CUAACUAUAGAUUUAUAAUCCAUGAAACAACAUUAUGGUCAUGAGUCAUGUUCAUGUUCUCUCUGUCAAAUCAAACGCAAUCAAAUUUAAACCAACACUUUUAUAGGAAAAAAAACCAAAGAAAAAGAAAGAAAGAAUCACUCAGCAGCACUAAAUUACAAAUUUUACACCAACACCAGUCGCUGGAUGAGAAAAUAUGCUGUCGUUUAUCCCCUGAAUGACGACUAUUAGUCUAAUAUUGGUAACUAACGGCAACCCUUUGCCAUCAUCUUCAUCAUGAUUCAUAAUUAUAAUUAAAUGGCCUUGUCUCUUACUUAAUUACCAACCUUGCUAUUAUAUAAGAGGCCGCAGGACUCUUAACUCUUUACUCUUGCCUCAGUUUCAUUCAUCCAUACAUACAGUUAUUCAUUUCCUUAUAAACUCCGGCAGAGCCAUACCAAAUUAUGGCUAUACCUUACCAAAAUUCCAGGACCUUGUGCUUUUUCUUGAUCCUGAGUUUUGGCCUGUGUCUGGUAAUUACAUCUGCAGAGCUUGAGAGAUUCGAACAUCCCACCAAAGAAGAUGGAUCACUUAGUUUCUUGGUACUUGGUGACUGGGGGAGAAGAGGAGCUUUUAACCAAUCUCAAGUUGCCUUUCAGAUGGGAAAGGUUGGAGAGAAGCUUGACAUAGAUUUUGUGGUUUCGACGGGCGAUAACUUUUAUGAUAAUGGAUUGGCAAGCGAACAUGACAAAGCAUUUGAGGAGUCAUUUACCAAAAUCUACACAGCAAAAAGCCUGCAAAAGCAGUGGUACAGCGUGUUGGGCAACCAUGACUACAGGGGUGAUGCAGAGGCUCAACUGAGCCCUCUUCUUAGGAAAAUUGAUAGCAGAUGGAUUUGCUUGAGGUCUUUCAUUGUCAAUGCAGAAUUAGCAGAGAUUUUCUUUGUGGACACCACUCCUCUUGUCAAUAAGUACUUCACAAACACAGAGGACCAUACUUAUGAUUGGCGAGGCAUUACCUCUCGCAAGGAUUAUAUUGCAACCUUAUUGAAGGAUGUCGAGUUUGCACUGAAGAAGUCGUCUGCAAAGUGGAAGAUAGUUGUUGGUCACCAUGCAAUUAGAAGUGUUGGGCAUCAUGGUGAUACAGAGGAACUUAUAAAGCAGCUUCUCCCAAUCCUUCAGGCCAAUGAUGUCGAUUUUUACAUGAACGGGCACGAUCAUUGCCUAGAAGACAUUAGUGACACAGAAAGCCCAAUACAAUUUCUAACAAGUGGAGCAGGGUCCAAAGCAUGGAGGGGAGACAUUAAGGGGUUGAACAAAGAAGGGCUCAACUUCUUUUAUGAUGGUCAAGGCUUUAUGUCUGUGCAGUUGAAUCCCACGGAUGCAGAGAUCGCUUUUUAUGAUGUUUUUGGCAAGGUUUUACAUAGAUCGCAUUCUUCCAAGCAGCUUCACCCAUCUACAUAAAUUAAGUUUUGUACCUCCAGCCUAGAAGCCCAGAGGGAAGAUAUUAUAGCAUCAGAUUCAGAUUCAAUGCAACCGCAUAUAGUUCAUAUUAUAGAUUGUUGCCAGGACGAAGAUUCUGUUAAGAUUUCAGAGGGACGGACCUUUGGCCCACAAAUAGCAAUAUCGAUAUUGUCCCCAACUUAACCACCUGUUUAGCAGGUGUGGGGUUUUAUACAAAAAACCUCGAUGUUAUUAAGAGUAGAACCAUUUAUUAUACGGGACUUUCUAUUUUGUUAAGUUUCUGAUAUGGAACUCGUGUAUUCUUCAACAGAUUCAAUUACCAAAUGUUCUUAUUUUUUAAUUAAUGUACCUCAUUUGGCUGCA